UAAUAAGUAUCGUUCGGAUAAGAUAUGAUUCAAUGAAACGCAGACCUCUUAUAAGGUUAGUUGCCGAUAAGUCUCGUCAGUCAGUCGCCGAUGGUCAGCUUGAGCAGAAUGAUGAUCCCGAGCCGUGUCUUAUUUUUGGGCCUGCUGAUAUUAAUAAUCAAUAAUGGAUUGGUGGAAAGUGCGCGGAUAUUGGCUAUUUUUCCAACCACUUCAAUCAGUCAUCAAAUAGUGUUGCGGCAAUUUGCGGUUGCGUUGCAAAAGCGUGGUCACGAAUUGGUGGUGAUAACGCCUAAUCCUAUUGGGAAUAAGGAUUUUGAAAAUUACACGGAAAUCAAUACGGAUUAUCAUUACGUUGAAAUGAAAAAGUUUGAUUUCAUCAAGAUAAGAAAGGAAUCCCCGGAUUUUCUGAAAUUUCAGCGAUCGUGGGCGAAUUCUUCGUUUAUGAUGAUUCGUGAUAUAUUCGAGGACCGGAAUUUUAAAAAAAUCUACGCACCCGAGAGCAAUGAAAAAUUUGAUUUGAUCAUUUUCGAAUUACUUACGUAUCAAGGAUUGUACGGUUUGGCGGCACGGUUUGAUGCUCCUAUUAUAGGUAUUACUAGUCUUGGGUUAUUAUCUACUGCACAUCACAUGUUAGGCAAUCACAUUUCGACAUCUCAUGAAUCCUUGUGGGAACUGUUGAACGACUCGGGAGUGAAUUUGCCAUUUUGGAAGAGAUUAUAUAAUUUUUAUAGAGUCUGGUAUAACUUACAUUGGUACUACAAUUAUUACCUACCUGCACACGAUGAAAUCUCAAAGAGAUACCUAGGACCGGAUACACCGGAUGUGGCCA